AUGAUGCUGAUGAUAAGAAGUUUCAUCCUAGCGCUUCUGAUACUAGCCAUAUCAGCUGAUGACAAGGAAAAGGGUAGAAAGGAGAGGCGAUUUCGCAAGAGAGACCUCAAGGGUGCGAGCAGCGGCUCCUUCGACCGCGGGAGAAGCGGACUUCUUGACGACGAGUUCUUCGAUGACGACUUGGGAGGGCUUGGUAUCGCCAGAGAUACACUGACGAUUACAUUGAAGAUAACAAACUUGACAUACAAGCAACCGUUUGGUCCCCUGUUUGUCAUGGUCCACAACGCUGACGCCAUCCCGAUAUUCACGUUGGGCGACGAGCCUCGUCAGACGUUACAAAUCCUUGCCGAGAAUGGCGACCCUGAGCCUAUGGCUGAAGCCUACGCUGACGGAGAAGGUGUAUUCUUUUCGGGAAUCUAUACCGAGGGUUCUCCGUGGGGUGGAGGUAUGGACAUCUUCGUCACCUUACCCUACCGCCCGUUGUUCCCCUACUUGACAAUUGCUGGCAUGGCCCUGAACACCAACGAUGGCUUUGUAGCACUGAAUGGUGUGCGAAUAAUUCCCAAUCUAGUCAUUACGGGUCCCAUGUAUGAUGCCGGCUCCGAGGUCAACAACGAACAAUGCGCUGCCAUUCCUGGGUCAGCCUGCGACGAUGACGAUAAUGUCAGAGCAGGAAACGGCGAAGGCUUUGUCCACGUCCACCGCGGAAUCUUUGGAAUUGCAGAUCUCAAGGCAAACGAAUAUGACUGGAAAAACCCGGUGAUGCGUGUGGAAAUGAUGAAUCCCUUCACAUAA